UGAAGUUGCCAUGAGUGUCGGAGAUACUGUCGUCAGGAUUCUCUUGCACAAAGGAAAGGAUAUAAAAAUAUCUCUCUGACACGUGAAUUUCUUCCUUUUUUAUCCCCUUGCCAGGAACGUCGGAAAAGGAUCCCAGGCUGGUUAGAGGCAUUAGGUUGUCUGUUUGAAUCCCAGUGAUCGAGAAGGAAAUGUGGUUAAUAACCAGCUAACAGUGGAGAAAAAAGGAACUCAAGGAGAUAGGAGACCUGGACAUUAUCCCACGGCUAGCUUAUUUGGAAAGCCUCAGUCUUUCUGGUAGUUGGAAGACCUAGCCGGGGGCUGGUAAGUUUCCUCUCUGCACCUUGAGAGCUGGAAGAAAGGGAAGCUCCUGGACUUUAAUAGACGCGGACCUUGGUUGAAGUCUCUGUGGGAAAGCCAACAAGAGUCCAAAUCGUCUCAGUAUCACCACUGCCUCUCUACCAAGGUGCUUUUCUUCCAGCAUCACAGAUCAUAACGGAGGUAUGCGUGGUUGGUCUUCUACCAGGCACUGAAGCUCCUCUGAGGGAUUUAUAGCAGCUUCACUCUCUGAAGGCUCUGCUUUUAGUCAGAGAGGCAGAAACACUCCAGAUGUCUUCCAGGAGUUACCAAGUUUCUGUCCCAAUGUCCAAAAGAAACACCAAUUGCAUCCCGGAGACAACCUCCAAUGACCUGAAGACGUUUACUGGAGGAGCUGUGUUAAGUUUUCAUAACAUCUGCUAUCGAGUAACAGUGAAGAGUGGCUUUCUACUUCGUCGGAAAACAGUUGAGAAAGAAAUACUAAAGAAUAUCAAUGGGAUCAUGAAACCUGGUCUCAAUGCCAUUCUGGGACCCACAGGUGGAGGCAAAUCUUCGUUGUUAGAUGUCUUAGCUGCAAGGAAGGAUCCACAUGGGUUAUCUGGAGAUGUUUUGAUCAACGGAGCACCUCGACCUGCCAAUUUUAAAUGUAACUCAGGUUACGUGGUACAAGAUGAUGUCGUGAUGGGAACUCUGACAGUGAGAGAAAAUUUACAGUUCUCAGCAGCUCUUCGGCUUCCAACAACUAUGACAAAUCAUGAAAAAAAUGAACGGAUUAACAUGGUCAUUCAAGAGUUAGGUCUGGAUAAAGUGGCAGAUUCCAAGGUUGGAACUCAGUUUAUCCGUGGUGUGUCUGGAGGAGAAAGAAAAAGGACUAGUAUUGCAAUGGAGCUCAUUACUGAUCCCUCCAUCUUGUUCCUGGAUGAGCCCACAACUGGCUUAGAUUCCAGCACAGCAAAUGCUGUCCUUUUGCUUCUGAAGAGGAUGUCUAAACAAGGACGGACAAUCAUCUUCUCCAUUCAUCAGCCUCGUUAUUCCAUCUUCAAGUUGUUUGAUAGCCUUACCUUGUUGGCCUCAGGAAGAUUAAUGUUCCACGGGCCUGCUCAGGAGGCCUUGGGUUACUUUGCGUCCACUGGUUACCACUGUGAGCCCUACAAUAACCCUGCAGACUUCUUCCUGGACGUCAUUAAUGGAGACUCCUGUGCUGUGGUGUUAAACAGAGAAGACACAGACGGUGAAGCCAAGGAGACUGAAGAGCCUUCCAAGACAGAUACUCCACUCAUAGGAAAAUUAACUGAGUUUUAUGCCAACUCCUCCUUCUUCAAGGAAACAAAAGCUGAGUUAGAGCAACUCUCAGGGGGUCAGAGAAAGAAGAAGAUUUCAGUCUACAAGGAGAUCACCUAUGCCACCUCCUUCUGUCAUCAGCUUAGAUGGAUUUCCAGGCGUUCAUUCAAAAACUUACUGGGUAAUCCCCAGGCUUCUAUAGCUCAGAUAAUUGUAACAAUCGUUCUGGGACUGGUUAUAGGUGCCAUUUUCUACGAUCUAAAGAAUGAUCCUGCGGGAAUCCAGAACAGAGCCGGGGUACUCUUCUUCCUGACCACCAACCAGUGUUUCAGCAGUGUGUCGGCCGUGGAGCUCCUGGUGGUCGAGAAGAAGCUCUUUAUACAUGAAUAUAUCAGUGGAUAUUACAGAGUGUCAUCUUACUUCUUUGGAAAACUGUUAUCUGAUUUACUCCCCAUGAGGAUGUUACCAAGUAUUAUAUUUACUAGUAUAACAUACUUCCUGUUAGGAUUGAAACCACAGGUGGAGGCCUUCUUCGUCAUGAUGUUUACCCUGAUGAUGGUGGCUUAUUCAGCCAGUUCAAUGGCACUGGCCAUAGCAGCAGGUCAGAGCGUGGUAUCCAUAGCAACGCUUCUCAUGACCAUCUCUUUUGUGUUUAUGAUGAUGUUUUCAGGGCUGUUGGUAAAUCUCAGAACCGUCGUGCCUUGGCUCUCAUGGCUUCAGUACUUCAGCAUUCCUCGAUAUGGCUUUGCGGCUUUGCAGCAUAAUGAAUUUUUGGGACAAAACUUCUGCCCAGGACUCAAUGUAACAACAAACAGUACCUGUAGCUAUGCAAUAUGUACUGGCGAAGAAUUUCUGGAAAGCCAGGGCAUCGAUCUCUCACCUUGGGGCCUGUGGAGGAAUCACGUGGCCUUGGCAUGCAUGAUCGUGAUCUUCCUUACAAUUGCCUACCUGAAACUGUUAUUCCUUAAAAAAUUCUCCUAAGUUCCUCUUUAACUUACAUGAUUUACCCCACAUUAAAAAGGGAGCACCUUGAUUUCAGUA